GCUGGCAGGGCUGCCUUGAACGAGGGGAAGGAGGAAAAAAAAAAAAAGAGAGAAAGAAAACCCGCUCCGGACAGGCUGGGCGGGUCCCCCUGCACCGCAACGCACCUCAGCGAGCGGGGAACGGCUGCGAGACACGGAGGGUGCUGCCCGGCACGGUGCGGUGCGCUGCGACUUCCUGGCUGUGCUUUAGCGGAAGGGAAUCGUGGGGCACCCAAAAACUCAGCAAUGAGGAAGUAUGGCUGGGCAGGCCUGAAACCUUCGAGUGUGGAAUUUGUUUCUUCCCAGCAAGAAAGUCCAAGAGUAGUGAAGGAACUGCCAUGCCUGUGGGAAUCUUCCGAGUGUGCCUAGUGGUAAUUACAGCUAUUGUCAACCACCCACUCCUCUUCCCUAAAGAGAAUGGCACUAUCCUCGAAAAUACAGAGGAAAUCAUCCAGAAGAUGAAGGAGCGGGAAGAGAUCCUUCGGCUAGAGAAGUUGCGCUUGGAACGGGAAAUUGAAGGUCAGGAAGCUGCACAGAAGGUUCUGGAAAAAGCAGCAAAAGUAGUGGAGGAUGUCAAAGAGGAAAAGGUCCAAUGGGAUAUGUGGACUGCUCUUUCCAUGGUCAUUUUCCUAUUGAUCGAGCUCUGGAGGCAGGAUUUCCAGGAGGGGAAUUGGCAGGACACGGGAGCAGACGAGGAUGACAUGGCUGUCCUGGGGAAAGCAUUUAAAGGGGUGGCCUUCCCUGACAAGGCCAUCUUAGCCAGCUUCUAUGAGAAGCGUAUCCUGGGUACCACUGGAGACAUGGCCAGGAUGCGGGAGAUGGUGGAAGGCUUCGCAGAUGACCUGCUGGAGGCCUUGAGGAGUGUUUGUAACCGGGAUGCUGACAUGGAAGUGGAGGACUGCAUGGGUGUGGGGAGCAUGUAUGAGAAUUGGAGAGUGCGUAAACCUUUUGUCUGCGAUCUGAUUGUGCCUUUUGCACCCCCAGAGCCAUAUUGUUUCCGAUCUCAGAUAUGGUGCUCUGGCGAUUCUUUUCCCCCAGAUGAACAAGGAUAUGGCACUAUCAAGGUAUGCAGGGCAGAUGAGGAUGAGAUAGGUUGCAUCUGUGACAAGACUAAACUGGGAGAAGAUAUGCUGUGCCUCCUCCAUAGCCAAGGUAAUGCUACCAGACUCAGCAGUGAAAUGGAAGACCUCCUGUGCUUCAAAAAUACGCAAUAUCUUGAUGCUGACCAAGUCAUGAAGUGGUUCCAGAUUGCAGUCACCAAGGCCUGGAACAAAAUUUCACACAAGUAUGAAUUUGACCUGUCUUUUAGCCUCUUGGACUCCCCAGGAGCCCUGAAGAUAAAAUUUAAAUCGGGGAAAUCAGUUGCCUUCAACCUCACCCCUGUGGUGCAGUACGAGAACUCUGAUGUUUACUUCAUCUCUCAUUUCCCUCGGAACUGCCUGGCAGCAGACCUCCCCUCCAGCACUCACUGGUUUCUCACCUUUGCAGUGUAUGAGAGGAGGUUCAUCCAGAUGAUCUCCAAAAUGCUGCCUGCCAAUGCCUGCCAUGUCAGCUGCCUUCAGAUCCUCUCCUUCCUCCAUGGGAAGCAGUGCAGCCUCACAGGUCCAAGUGGGCUCACCAACUACCACCUGAAGACAGUGUUGCUGCAUCUGCUGCAGACACGUCCAAAUCAAGACUGGGCCCCAGAGAAGUUGGAGGCCCGUCUACAGGACAUGCUGAAAUUCCUGGAGAAAUGUCUGCAGGAGAAGAAGCUCUACCACUUCUUCAUUGGCAAUGGGAAGGUACCAGCUGAGCUGGGCUUCCCCAUCAUAUUCCAGAGGGCUGAGCCCCUCAACCUUUUCCGUCCCUUUGUUCUACACAGGGAUGUUUACAGAAAGACAGUUGACACAUUCCAUGAGAUGCUCAGGAACACAUCUGCACUGAUAAGUGAGUACAUGGUGCACAUUCCCCAUGUCCACACCAAUGGGAUCCAAAAGGAAUCUGUUUAACCAAAGCCAGCAGGAAUACACUUGUUCCUCUAAGCACAAAUCCAGAGUGCAGCUUUCCAAAGCCUUAUGGAAACAACUGACUUUGCCAUUGCAGUUUGUUGUCUGCAGCUGAACCAUGUCUGUGUCAUGGUUUCUGCAAUAAGGAAGAAGGGAUGGGGGCAGAACAGAGAGAAACUGGAAGAGAUGCUAUAAAAGUAGGUUUCUGCUCCACAGUUGGGCUGGCAGGGUUUUAUGCAGCUAAGAAUAUAUUUUUCUACUGUGCCUCAGUCAUGCUACAGUGGUGAUGAGCAAUGAACAUGGCUAAUUUAUUCUGGUGCCUUCAAAGCGGUGGCGGUCUGCUUGCAGACAGGACAGUGGGAGCUGUGAGACCUAUGGGAGGUGCAACAUGAGCCUCGGCUGAGAAGGGGAGUCACUACUCAGGUCACGCACAGUUCUAGACUGGAUGGAGAUCUUAAGCCCAGCACAGCUCUUUAAUUGAAAGGGAACAGUGGGUUUAAAAAGUGCAUUUUGAUAGGACUUGCAGCACUAAUUUAAACAGUCCUGUCCAUCAAAAACACUCCUGUGCUCCAGAUAUUUUUUCCCUUGGAGGAAUAUAACGGAGCAGUCCGCAGGAUCAGUGUCUUGAGACCAUUUCAUUUUCCAUUUUCUUCAAAGUAGCACAAUGAGUGGAUUUUAUUCUUGGCUGUUUUCCAUGGAUGAAUGGCCAGGAGCCUUAUUUACAUCAUUUAAGAGAGAAAUGCUGUUACUGGGUUCUGGCUUUUGGUUUAUUUGUUUGCUUUCCUUAUCUCCAGGCAGCAAGUCUGAAAACUAGCAAAGAGAAAUGAUUGCUGCAGGGUUUGCUUUUACUAAAGAGGAAACUCCUCAAAAUUAUUCUGUAAUAAGCCUGAUCUCAGGAGUCUGAUACCAGGAGGAAACUCACUAUCCAAAUGAGAGAGCAUAGCUCUCAGCGUGGUUUUAGUGAGGCCAGGACAGCAAGAUGGCUCUGAAUUAGGAGGAGAGUUGCAGGAGGUGUACAUGAGGCAGUGUGGCACUGCUCUCUGCAGCUCUCUUGUGGUGUGUCAUUCCUUUCUGCUGCCAGGUACCCAAGUAAAAGCUGCCUGUUUUUUGACUCAUUAUCAGGUCUCCUCAGUCCAUCUCAAGGCUGCUACUUUGAUGAUGUUUACUCUUGGGAACCACAGGUAGCAAACUAUAAAUUUUUGUAUUCUCUCUCCUUUUUUCCUUGUACAAACCAUUUCUCCACUUCCUUCAUGUCCGCUUGUGUCUGUACCCCCACCACUGAGGGACAUUUUCUACACCAAUGCAAAGCAAACUGCAACAAUCAUUUCCAGAGGCCUGCAGGGAGGUCGUGCUCAAGUAGUUGUGGUCUGAGUUACUUCUAAAAUUGUCCUUAGCCAAGUGAGAGAGAAAUGAGUAUUUCUAUGUCGUUUCCUGUCAGGCAUCUAAAUUUAGCCUAUCCAAAGAACAGAAACAAAUUUGUGACCCAGGUCUCUGAGGAAAUGACACACAGGGUUGGAAAAUAACUUUUAUGUAAGGUUGAGCAAGGGAAGGUUGAGUAGAAAAGUCUAUUUAACAGGAUAAUCAAACUUCUCUCUUGAAAUGGAGGAACAAGGCUGUGUAACACCAGCCCUACAAGCAUGUAAACAGGCCAAAUCUUGCCUUUGCACACUUCAGAGCACUGCUGCUUAGACUCAAAAGGAACCUAAACUGAUAGGUGCACUGAAUCUUUUGUCCUUCAUUUUCUGCAUGUGUGUGCAUGUUUGCUUUUAAACUCAAACUCACCCUGAAGUGUUCCCAUGGGGUUGCUUGAACCCAGGCUGGAGCUGAGCCAAGGUAUUUAUGGAUUUGACUACCUUGGAAGCAAAUUCCUGGGCACAAUUUGCCUAUGCGUAUGCAAUAUACUCAUUUUGCCCCGAGCAUCUUUUAUGAGACUUGGUCUGUGCAUUCAGGCUACAAGGAAAUGAGCUGUGCUACAAUAAGUCUCAGGGCAGAGGUCUUUGCCAGCCAUAUAUUAAUAUGUAUACUAAAGUUAGAUACUUGUUCCAUCUGGAGAGAUGUGGGCAAACAGUAUUUCUCUUGAGCAGACCUUUGUAGUGCUACACUGUGAAAAACAUAAUUUCCUGGACUGCCUCGUUUCUCUGUAUUAAAUCUUUUGCACACCAGGUACAAGGCCUCUCAGUAAAAGGCCAAACUCAGAUUUCAUUAAAGAGAUUUAUUAUGAGACAGUUCGGGUCCAUCAGCUGUCAGCCAGUAAAGUGUCCUAAGAUCUUUUAGUGCCACCCACAUUUAGUGCUGCCUUGACUGACAUCUUGCUGGGCAUCCAUAGGAAGCAGCUUUAAAGGAAGAGGGUGGAGGUGAGGUUUUGUGAUUUUAAGUGAGUAAUGUUCUUUUAAAACAGUGUAAAGCACGAGUAACGAAUGCACAUCUCUAGUAAUAGCCUGAUCUCCAUGAGAGAUCCUAAGGAAGAAUAAACAGACCUCUUUCUUGCAUCUCAGUGCUGUUCUUACUAUUUACUGACCAGAAAAAUUACGCAACUGAAUUCCUACUGCCUCUUCUGGUUUCCAGCCACUCCCUACACCCUCAACUUGUGGUUUUAAUACUUUAUUAUAGGUUCUGUCAAAGCAAUGGAAUUAGUAGUGCCUUGAUAACAACCACUGAUGUACAACAUAGCCUCAGGAGCCGUUCACCUUUAGGAAAUGUCUUGGUCUUAGUUAUUGUUGCUGUUCAGGAGGCCAGUGUCCUCUAAGGGGAGCUGUUAGUUCACUCUUUAUUACGUGCCAACCACAGAAUAUGACUUCAUCCCUCUCUAGUUUGCUCUGCAUACAGGUCUUACAGGCGUAUAAAGAUGGAUUUCAGCAAAGGAAACCAAAACUUAUUCAUUAUUCAAGUAAAAGGAUUUGGUGUUUGUUUGCCAUAUGUUUUUAAUGCAAAGCCUUUGCAAUGUUUUCUCAGUGGUGAAGAAAUGAGAAUUUACUCACUUCUAACAGCUUAGCUGCUGGUCACUGAGUUCUUCUCAUAGGAUCCCAUAUGAUAAAUGGCUUUAUUUAUUAACUGUCUUUUUUGUAGGAUUUUUCUUCCUGGGUGUAGUUCAGAAGUACAAUUGUAGUAUGAAUAGCCAUCUUGGCAAUGCAGAUGAGAUGGGUAAUAAUAUCAUAACUUUCCACCUGAAUUCUUCCUUGAUUCAUGACGCUGUAUUCAAACCGCUGCUUUUAUAGCAGGACACUGUUAAAUUUGUAUAGAUCUUCUCUUGCAGCUUUAUUUAUAAUAAAGGAAUU